AUGGAGUCACCCAAGCAGAAGGUCGAAGGAGAUGGAAGGAAGACCUUAAGACGCUUCAUGAAAAGGGAACUUAUCGACCCCACAGACCAACCCCUCAGAGUGCGGAUUGUUGCUAAGCCGCAACCUGAUGGCGGGGAACACAUUGGCACAGAAGAUUCCCUGAAGCCGGAAGCAGAGCUAUUUGAUGACACCAAUAAUGGAAAUGGGGCUCCGUGCGGUACUUAUAUUUCGAGGCGGUCAAGGGGUGUAGAUUAUUCUACUUCGGGAGGUGGUUCUGUGGAAGAAGUCAUGGAUGUUAAUUCUGAACUUCUAUCCCAGGAAAGCCUUGUGUUCCGCAAGUUAUUCAAGGAAACGAAGACAGCACUACUAAAGGAACCUCCAACCAUUCAAAUUGAAGCAUCAGAGGAACAUGCCUUCGUUGCACUUCUGGAGUUCAUAUGUUUUUCCAGGAUGCCACCACCCUCUUAUGAAGAAUGUGUAGAUUUGCUGAUGACCGCAGAGGAGUUCCAGGUUCUUUCAUGUGCUUACCGUUGCACAAACCAGUUGCUGCGCAAGCUAAACUCAGCACUCUCUUGCUUCGAGCUUUGCCAUAAGUUACGAUGGCCCAAGGUGAAAGAGUUACUAGCAAUGGAAGCAAUGAAUUUUGUUACUCAAACGGACAACACUGAAUUGAGAGUUCCAAAACAAAAAGAAGACCAUGAUAUAAUGAGCAUUAAGAAUGAACUUCUUCAGCAACCAUUUUCUAUAAUCAAGGCACUCUUCUGCAUGGACUAUCUUAAGGUUGAAUCAGAAGAUGAUGUGUAUGAUUUUAUACUGUGUUGGGCUCAGACCCACUACCCAAAACCAGAAGACCACUGCACUGCCAAGGAACUGCACCUGGAGCGCCUCAUCCGCUUCACUUACCUGACCUGCCGAAAGCUGGAAGACGCCCUCCAAUGCGACUUCUUCCACCCUGAAUCUGUAUCCGAGGCUGUCAUGGAGGCCCUGGCUUUCAAGGUCCGGGAGCCAUACAGACGCAGACUCCCACCGGGAGGGUGCUCGAGCAACCGAUUUCUUGAGCGGUGUUACAAGCGCGUGCCCGUUGCGGUUAACAGGCUUUGGUUCCCAGAAUUCGACCGUUGCGAAGUAUACUUUAGCCUCGCUAUUUCUGAGCUGUUAGACAUGCAUUACUCUCUGGGCAGAAGAGAGUCUGAGGACUUCCAGUUUGGCCCCCAACUACUAAGUCUUGUGGCUUCCUACAAAGAGGUUAGAAGGACAUUUUAUUUUGAUCUGAGCAUUACUUCGAAGGGAGAAAUCCUGGACGAGAAUGUCCAUGCCACUAGGUUUAUGGCAAUGACAAACGUAGGUGACAGCGCAGAGUUUGUUGAGAUGGGCACGGGCACCUUUGUUCCAGCUAAACAGGAAACUGCUGGAGGUCUUGACCUUCUCCCUGGGUUCUUGUUGCAGCUUCUUAACGGAGUCUGCCCUUUCAUACUUGAUGGAUUUCUUCACUUAUUAGUGGAGAUCACUUGCAAACGAUAG